ACAGGGGAGGAGGGCACCAAUCCUCCCAAACUCCUACACAAGCGCCUCCAUCACCUAAUCAUUAAAACACACACACGCACCACAUCUCCACGGAAACUAAACUUAUAAACAAUACCGCGUCCAUCACAACCUUGAAGCAUCGGACUUGAACAUCAUCAUACACCGCACGUUUUUCCGUGGAAUGAGCAUUCCAUGCAGCAUCUUAGGUAUGAAUGACGUGGCCUGGCAGGAGACGCGAGGCGGGAUGCUGCACACAAAUGGUGCGCCAGAGACCGGAGGGGUCAGAGUCCAUGCGGGGGGUUCUCUAGCCACAGUAGGAGGUGCUGGGCAGGGACCUGGAGGAGCUCACCCUCUGCCAGGUAUGGACCGGGUGGCCAAUCCCAACCCUGGCACCCCUCAGCCUCCACUAAGCGGUCGUUCCCAAGAUGAUGCCACUGUGGGCUAUUUCUUUCAAAGACAGCCUGGGGAGCAGUUGGGCAGCUGCACUGCAAGCAAACACCGCUGGCCCACUGGUGAUGGAAACCAUAUUGACCAGGUGCGUGCUGUGGAUGAGAUGAAUUAUGACUUUCAAGCCUUGGCUCUGGAGUCUCGUGGAAUGGGUGAGCUGCUUCCUGCAAAAAAAUUGUGGGAAUCGGAUGAAUUGGCAAAAGAUGGACGUAAAGGGAUGUUGCUGAGUGAAGAAUGGAGAGAGAAUGCCUGGGGUUCUUCCCAUCAUUCUGUGUCUCAGCCCAUUAUGGUGCAAAGGCGACCAGGCCAGGGCUACAAUGGGAAUGGAGACGUGAGCUCAGUGUUGUCCCCUCGCUCAGAGGGGGGUGGUCUGGGUGUGAGUAUGGUGGAGUAUGUCCUCAGCUCUUCUCCUGGAGACAAGAUGGAUGGGCGUUACAGAAAUGGAGGCUAUGGUGGAGCAGAUGCAGAUCCAGAUGGCAGGGAAAAGACCGAUUCAAAAGAAAAGGCUUCACCAUUUGAGGAAGACAAAAGCCCUGAGAUGAAAGUCGGAGAUGAAGGGGAAGCCUCAAAAGCAAAUUCCAGAGGAUUGCUGAACGGGAUGGACCGCGACUGUAAAGACUUCAACCCCACCCCAGGUAGUCGCCAGGCAUCUCCCACUGAGGCAGUAGAACGACUGGGCCCCAGUCAGGCUGGUCUGGAAAUGAUGGUCCAGCACCACCCGCACACUCUGCAGCCACCCAACUCUGUCACAAACAAAUCUCCCACCGAGGACUUCCAGAGCCAGGAAGCCCAGAACAUGGGCAGCAUGGAGCAGCAGGUCGGCAUGGAGUCACUCCAAUUUGACUAUGCUGGAAAUCAGAUCCAGGUGGACUCAUCUGGUGCUCCAGUCAGCCUGUUUGACUACAACUCCCAACAGCAGUUGUUCCAGAGAUCUAGUCAUCUCACAGUUCAGCAGCUGACUGCAGCACAGCAGCAACAGUACGCCCUUGCUGCAGCCCAACAGCAACACCUUGGCCUUGCACCUGCGUUUGUGCCAAACCCUUAUAUUAUCAAUGCUGCCCCUCCUGGAACAGAUCCUUACACCGCUGCAGGAUUGGCAGCAGCCGCAACACUUGCAGGUCCGGCUGUAGUCCCUCCUCAGUACUAUGGAGUCCCAUGGGGGGUGUAUCCAGCCAACCUCUUCCAACAACCGACUGCAGCUGCUGCUAGUCAUUCUGCCAACCAGCAGGCGUCCAAUCAGGGUCCAGGACCAGGACAACAGGUGAUGCGUGCAGGGACCAAUCAGCGUCCUUUGACCCCUGGCCAGAGCCAACAGAGUCAGCAGGAGUCCCUUGCUGCAGCUGCCGCAAACCCAGCCCUGGCCUUUACAGGCAUGCCAGGUUACCAAGUUCUAGCACCGGCUGCUUACUAUGAUCAGACUGGAGCUCUGGUAAUGGGUCCUGGAGCUCGCACUGGCCUGGGUGGACCUGUCCGACUGGUCCAAACCCCUCUCCUUAUCAACCCAGCAGCCGCACAAGCUGCUGCAUCUGCGUCAGGCUCUGGUAACAGCAUGUCUGGUCCUGCUAACGGUCUGUACCGGUCCAUGGGCUGCCAACAACCCCAGCAGCCUCAACCUCAGCAGCAGCCGCCUCCACCCUCCAGCGGACUGCCCUCCAACUCCUUCUAUGGAUCUGGCUCCGUGGCGCCCAGCUCCCAGAGCAGCUCGUUAUUCUCCCAUACAAGCACGGCACCUCCACCUAGCACAUCUCUGGGUUUCAGCAGCACUGGUGGAUCUCUGGGUGUUGGGCUUGGCUCUGCCCUUGGUGCCUUUGGCUCCUCAGUGUCAAAUUCAACUAGCAGCAGCGCAACCCGUCGGGACUCCCUUUUGGCCAGCUCUGACCUGUAUAAGCGUGGUGGUAGCAGCUUGACUCCCAUUGGCCAGUCUUUCUACAACAGCUUAGGAUACUCCUCCUCCCCCAGCCCCAUUGGACUGACACCUGGCCACUCACCUUUGACACCUCCACCCUCUCUGCCCUCCUCCCAUGGGUCCUCAUCCAGCCUCCAUCUGGGUGGUCUGCCCAAUGGUAGCGGCCGUUAUAUUUCUGCUGCUCCCGGAGCAGAAGCCAAAUACAGGAGCUCGGGCAGUACCUCCAGUCUUUUCAGCUCUAGCAGUCAGCUCUUUCCCCCACCACGAGCCCGCUACAGCCGCUCAGAUGUCAUGCCUUCAGGACGCAGCCGCUUACUAGAGGACUUCCGGAAUAACCGCUUUCCUAAUCUGCAACUGCGAGACCUGCCUGGACACAUGGUGGAGUUCUCUCAAGACCAGCAUGGAUCCAGGUUUAUUCAGCAGAAGUUGGAGCGUGCAACUCCUGCAGAGAGGCAGAUGGUGUUUGGGGAGAUCCUACAGGCCGCUUACCAACUCAUGACUGAUGUCUUUGGGAACUACGUUAUACAGAAGUUCUUUGAGUUCGGCAGUGCAGAUCAGAAACUGGCUCUGGCAACUCGUAUCCGUGGCCAUGUGUUGCCGCUGGCUCUGCAGAUGUAUGGUUGUCGUGUGAUCCAGAAAGCUCUGGAAUCCAUCUCAUCCGACCAGCAGGUAAUUAGUGACAUCGUACGGGAGUUGGAUGGCCAUGUGCUGAAGUGUGUGAAGGAUCAGAACGGAAAUCAUGUGGUGCAGAAAUGUAUUGAGUGUGUCCAACCCCAAGCUCUUCAGUUCAUCAUUGAUGCCUUCCAGGGCCAGGUGUUUGUUUUGUCCACUCAUCCAUAUGGCUGUCGGGUGAUCCAGCGUAUCCUGGAGCACUGUACCCAGGAGCAGACUCUGCCCAUCCUGGAAGAACUCCACCAGCACUCUGAGCAGCUGGGACAGAAGUAUCAAGGCGUUUCAUUGGAGAUGACCCCCAAAACAUAUUAUACAGUGUCCAGCGAUGCACUGUUCAAGGAUCAGUACGGUAACUAUGUGAUCCAGCAUGUUUUGGAGCAUGGGCGUCCAGAGGACAAGAGCAAGAUAGUGGCGGAGGUCAGAGGGAAGGUUCUGGCUCUGAGUCAGCAUAAAUUUGCAAGGUCAGAAAUUGUUUCAUGGCAUUACUGUAAAAGACAGUUAUUUUUUUUUUUUUCAAACAACAAAAUCAAGCAAUUAACAGUAAAAAAUCCCAUAUUUAGACUGUUCAAAGAUACUGUUUCCAUCCAAAGUUGCGAAUUUAACUUGUGCGCAGAAUUGGAAUAUUGCAUAAAACAUUUGUGAAUAAAGCACUGUUCCAUCACACGUGUUCAUGAAAACAAAAUGGUUACUUCCUGGGAAAUUGGUGCAAAAUAUCUGUAAUAAAAAUGAAAGUUGCUGCAAUUGGAGAAGCCACUUUGGCUCUUUUUUAUACAUCAUAAAUGAGCCUCAGAGCUCGCUGUGCAGUGAAAUCGGUCCACUGGUUAGUCUGGUUUUCCGAUCACACGUCAAAGUUUUUUUUUUGUUAUUGAUAAAUUAAUUCUCAUUUUGAUGAACCAAUAUUGAUUCUUAAAGUCUGUGUAAAGCAAUAUUAAAUAUGUGUUCUGAGUUUGUCACACCACAGAAAAAUGUAUUAAUCACCCAGCCAAAUUUGAAUGUAAAAAAAAUAAGCCAAGUAAAUGAAAUAAGUUAUCAAAAUCUUGAAAAAAAUAAGCAGUAUUCUCUGCUCUCAAACGCUGGGGCGUGUCUGUGCUGAAACCACGCCCACUCACGAGAAAGCUGCCAUCUCUCUCAACUUACUUGUCUAAUGAGUCAAACACACUUGACUCAUUUCACCUUAUAGGUGAAAUCCACCUUUUCCAGGGAUCAGUUAGGUGCCUUGCUCAAGGGCACCUCAGUCGUGGGUAAUGAGAGUCGAAGAGAAUGCUGUUCAUUCACUCCUCCCACCUACAUUUCCUGCCGAUACUGAGAUUCGAACCCUCGACCUUUCGGUAACAAGUCCGACUCUAACCAUUAGGCCAACCAACUGCCCAGUUGAUCAAUGAGCAAAACUUUGCCUUCCAUCCAAUAAAUCACAAUAAGCUUUGUGCUUUGUUAAUUUUGAUAUGUCUAACCAUUAGGCCAACCAACUGCCCAGUUGAUCAAUGAGCAAAACUUUGCCUUCCAUCCAAUAAAUCGCAAUAAGCUUUGUGCUUUGUUACUUUUGAUAUGAAACAAAGUCUCAACUUUCAAAUUCUGUAAAUUUUAUAAUGAAAUUAAAAACAAUAAAUACAGUUUUUGCACUCUUAAAUGUGGAGUGACUGAAGUUCAAGCUGUAGCGCCUCAGUUCAAGCAAAGCAGCAGCGUGAAGCUUACAUGAACUGAUCAUCUCUUUCGCUUUAUUGCUAGUUAAAGCACAAAGUAAACAUGAAUGAUCAUCAGAUGGCAUGUUGAAAGAUACUGUACAACUUAUCAAAAUCUGUAUUAUCUCUCAGGUAAUCGUUAAAUCAUGGAUUUUUAGAAUUUAUGCACAUCUUUGUGUUUCGCUCCAAUUCACAUAAAAAUUUUUGGAAAUAUAGCUACUGUGAGGUGAAAUCACUAAACGAAUUGGCUUUCAAAGUCGUUAUAUUGUUUGUAUUCACAGUUUCCCAUUCAUUAACUUGACUGUGGCACAAAAGGUCUUUAACGUUGUUUUGUGACAUUGCUUUGGCAAAGUAUUUGUCAAACUAACUAAAAUUUAAAGCACAUUAUGGCUUAAUCCCCCUAUCAAAUCGCAAAAGGCUGUGACUUAAAGGGUCAUGAUAUGUACAGGCUGCGCAUCACUCAAUCACUAAAUUUAAUCAAGAAGUGGGUAUUGUUGUUUGCGUUUUUCUGAGCAAUUUCGUUCUUCUGGGUUAAAAAGUAAAGUCGAAGCAACGUCACAGAAUCUGACGUAGAAGCAUGCCAAAGUGUGCAUCCAGAGUGUGUGAUUGGCUGCUGGGGCUGGACAGGCACGAUUCUACGUCAUCCGGUUCUGAGCACUUCUCUGCAUUAUUCAUGAGAAUGAACUCUUUUAACCCAAUCACUGCACUGUUUUACGCAUGAUAUCGCAUUACAGCGGAGAAUUCAAACAAUAUGUAACAACAUGCGGAGCCAGGUCCAAACACAGCACAAAUCAGUCAUGCAUGAAAAUAAAAAGCAGCUUCAAACACUGACUU